AGAAAAUAGUAAUAGUAACUCACCAAUUGAGAGCGAGACAAAUACACGCACAUACGCAGCUAUACACAGCAGCCCUUCUAAAUCCUGCCAGCCGGCCGCCGGAAUCUUUCGCAGCCGUCGCUCUACCCCUUACAAUGGAGGGAGUUGGGGCGAGACUCGGCCGAUCCUCGACCCGCUACGGCCCCACCACCGUAUUCACCGGCCCAGUCCGCCGCUGGAAGAAGAGGUGGGUUCACGUGCCGCUGCCCAAUUCCAGCCGCACCACGGCGACCAACGGAGGUAACAACGGAUCCAAUCUCUUGCUCCUUAAGUGGACUCCCGUAGCCUCCAAUCAAGCUAAGGACGGAAGCCAUGGCCACGAUAAUUCUGAAUCCGGCAAGGACGACGUCGUCGCAGCUGAAGAGACUCCGAGGAAGAAAUUCAAGUAUAUUCCGAUUGAUGUGCUCGACGAAUUAAACGAAGAACCCUCAGAACAUAUGGAAGAUGAUGAAACAAAGUCCGUUGACUACAACAUAAAAAAUAUGGAGACGACUUCAAAGAACCAUAAACACGAUCAAAAGCCUGACAUUAAUGAUGUCCCAGAGGAGGAAAACCAGGGUAUGAAGAAAAAUCACGUGGAACGACAAGAUUUGAAUGUGAGCACACUGGACUUGAGUUUGGGUUUCAACGAUCAAGAUGGCGAAGAAGAUGAUUCUGACUCGAAAGCAGAUCUAAAUUGAAAGGCAGUUUACAUUAUGGAUAUAUAUUAGUUGCUUGAUGGAACAAAAGAGCAGGGGAAAAUUCAAAUGGUUUACAAUGGCCGUAAUUUUUAGCUUCAGUAACGAACUGUAUUAUUCUAGUGACAGCAAUUUGUGUGGUUCAAUCUCUUGGCCACUGGUUGAUGAAAUAACUGUGUUCUUGCACAGUGAAGGCUGAUAUUGUUGUAAUCCGAUUUAUUAUGUACCAGCACAAAAUUCUGUAUUCAUAUUGUGUUUUCCCCCCUUUUUUUUGAAGUAAUUUUCUUCUUUAUUUGGUUUAAGACAUGGCCACAUCAAGACUUUGGAUCAUAUUUAAUAUUCUCGUUCUCGUG